AUGGCGUCUCUUCCUCACCAAGGCGUUGUUGACCGCCAUGAGCAGCAGCUCCUGGCAGAGUUGGAGACCUUGAGCCCCGAAGAGCUGCAAAGAGCGUUGGAGGACAACGUCUUCAGAUGUCACAGCUCUGAGAACGAAGCCCAGCUGGAAGAGCGCUCUGAGAACGAAGCCCAGCUGGAAGAGCACGGCUUGAGCGGUCACCUUGGAAGCCUUGCUGGGGCCGCGCCGGGGGAAGCACCUGUGGCAUCGCCUGCGGCGGCUGUCUCUCAGGGUGACAAGUUGGCCGCCGCUGUUCCUGUGACCAAAGAAGAGUUGCCGCAGCAGCCUGCAAAGAGGAUUGUUGAGGCCAUGGAGAUCGAUUCAUCAAGUGAAAGCGGCUCUGACUGCGCACCCACUGAAUUGGAAGAGGAAGCCGCUACUCCGAUGACUGCGGUAAAGACUUGCCCACCAAAAGCAGCGCCAAUGCACCUUGCAAGUCCUGCGGUUUCGGCUCCCCCCAAAGCGGCCCAAACUGCACAACAAGGUGCUGAAGACCCUGCUGUUAUGCUUGCUUACAUGGAGAAGCAGCAGGAGAUGCUACUUGCGCAAAUUGCUGGUUUGAAAUCCCAGGUGGAUAAGAUGACGGCGGAGAAAGCCUACACAACACCGCCGCAGAAACCUGUGUUCACACCAGAUGGCACGACCGCAGCUGCCCUGCCAUCACCUGCAGCAAAAGCUCCGCUACCAAAGCUGCCUGGUCGUCUGCCUGCUCCGCCACCAAAAAAGGAACCAACAACACCGGUUCCAAAGCAGGGGGCUGCGCCACAAGUAGCGCAACUGCAAGUUGCAACCGCAGCACCUGAGCCUCCAGUACCUCAAGCUGCUACACCUCAAGCUGAACCACCCCAAGUUGCAAAAGCAGCACUUCAGCGUGCAGCACCUCAAGCUGAACCGCCGCAAGUUGCAAAAGCAGCACUUCAGCGUGCAGCACCUCAAGCUGCUGCACCUCAAGCUGAACCACCCCAAGUUGCAAAAGCAGCACUUCAGCGUGCAGCACCUCAAGCUGAACCGCCGCAAGUUGCAAAAGCAGCACUUCAGCGUGCAGCACCUCAAGCUGAACCACCGCAAGCUUCAAGACCUGCAGCCGAGACCAUGGAGUCUACAGGUGUGAAGAAGGGCGAGGAAGAGAUUUUGGAUGCCUUCGACCUGGACAACCAGGAAUUGAGCGAACACGCAAUCUAUAUGAGAUUGAAGAGACUUUGCAUGCCCACCGGUGCUGGCAAACUGAGCGUCAGCAAGGACAUCAGCGACCAGUGGGCAACGGGCGAUAGAGAUCAGUUGACUCUAGCCCUCGUACAGGCUUUGAAGGUUCACGGCUUCUCCAACACGUCGGCCACGCGAAAGCUCGUACGGGCGGAGUUCGCAGAGCAGGUGGUGCGCAUCCGCGAGCGGUCUCGCCAAAAAGUGGAAGAAAUUGAGGGAGGUUGGUUCAGUGAAGAACGCAUGGACAAAGAUUUGGGAUACAGCAAGAGCAAUCGAUACGAUAGCUCUAUUACAGAGUACUUUGUCCAAACCAGCGACAAAGUGAAGAUCACCCGCGCUGACCUCGACAAGUGGUGCAGCAGCAAAGCGGCAGGUGAAAAUGAGGAGAUGCCGGACCAGAUGGACAUGCCAAGUCUGAAAGACCUCCCUACUGAUGAGCAAACCCCGGGAGAGGACGCCGCCAUCCCACUGGACACCUUCGAAGCGGUUCAGACAAGCUUGACUGCCUUCAUCGACAGCAUGCACGCUAAAGCCUCUCAAUUGAUCACAUGGGUGAAUGCUGUGGACACUAUGGGCACGGACAGAAGCAAACAGCGCCGCAUGAAUGCUGCUUUGCGCUUGCUCUACAGGGGCGGGGCAUGGCUUGCAGCUGAUGAGGCGGCGCUGAUUGGUGAGCAUGGACUGACCGCACUCCGUGCAAUGCAGCGGUGUGCAGAGAUUUCUCUGGCAAACAGAGAACCUCUGUACCCACUACAUGCCAAAAUGCACAUGCUCUUCCACCAGUUUCGAUUUCUGUGCCAAUACUCAAAGAAGUGUUGCUGGGUAGAGUCCCCCCUGACGGAUGCGUGCCAAAUGGAUGAGGGGUUCGUUGGUGUGGUGGCACGGCUGUCACGGCGUGUGUCGCCAAAGACCACAAUCCGACGAACCCUAGAUCUGUACCUGUGCUUGCUGCACAAGCACUGGACGAACCAACCAGUGCAGUCCGAUGAGGUGGAGGAGCACGACCGGAAGAAGAGCAUCGAAGCUCUGCAGCAGAUGGCCACGAAUAUCAGGCUCUUGCUCCAAGAGGUCGUGCCAGAGUUGCUCCACGGAAGAGACAACAGCUCUGCCAUGGACAUCGACACCCGGCCCUCCAACAGGUCGCAGGCCACCUAUGCGCAGAAGGUCUUACUGAAGCUUCAGACCUAUUCGGCCUGGGCCUGGCCUGUGAUCAUCGAAUACACCAGGAAUGCUUACGAUGACGAGGCAAUCACACCAGAGAUCCAAGCACGUAUGGAGCGAGGAACUGAUGGGUCCCUGAGUUAUUUGAGCUCCGUUCUGGUGUAUGCCUGGAAAGCAGCCGAAUUCCAGUUUCCAGUGGUCGAGGCCAUGAUGGAAAAGAAUGAAACAAGUGGAGAGACCCUGAUGAAAGCUGGCUGUGCCGCAAGCUAUGCUCAGCUGCUGGGAGACAUCACCGAGAUGUAUGGAGAGCUUUCAGACUCCAAACUCCAGUGUUUCUUGAAUACGACCAACAAGACCCACUGGAAACGGUGUGCCUUUGAUGCGACCAACUCUCUUCAAAGAGUGACUUCUGCCAUCGCACAGGCCGCCAACGCAAUGUGGCAAUGCUUUGGCAUCUAUUGGGGGUGCUCACAGCUGAUGAACACGGCCUAUUCUCAGUUGGUGAAGGCAAUGGUUGCAAGCGAAGAGAUGUCCGACAAUUGCAACGAAGAGACCCACAACAUUUGCAAGCCUUUCGCCUUCAAGGCGAUGGGUGCAUUGAGUCAAGCAGCAGGACAGAUGAGCUCUGCUAGUCAGGAUUGUGACAUCAAAGGAGGCUCCCAGGACUCGCCCUUGAAUCCCUAUGCGGCGACACCCUUCGAGAAACGGGAGGAUGCGCCCAAGGUCGACGCGCCUACUCCAUGA